GUGUCCGUGCGUAUGAACGUGCGUGCGUGCGUGCGUGAAACAAAUGAAGGUUAAGUGGUGUUAAAAGCUCACCCCUGCCUUGGCCAAACAAGGCCAAAGCUCCGCACAAACACUGCUCUGCUGCGUUCGUGUCCGGUUCAGUGGUGUUCGGUAAACGCGUGCUGGACGUGCGGAAGUGUUGGUUGUGUGCUGUGGUCCACAGCAGUGCGUUAUCAGCAGUCAUGUGCAGUGUGAUACCUGGUUUGGUGGUUCUGCUCGUGGUUGGGGUUACCAUCCCUCGAUCGCACCAAAGCACCCCGGUUAACGGUAACAACCGCGCCUAAAACCCGUGUUCCAGCGCUUCCGGUGUUGUCUGUGAAGAGGGGGUUCUCUCUUUCUCUCUUGAGCGGCAUUUAGUUUGGUGCCCCCGGAAGCUUACAAGUGGGUGAGGUGGAGAGGAAAGCGGUAUUGGAAAAAAAUCACAAUUAAAUACAGUGUGUUCGUGUGUUGCUACACACACGGCGCACACGCAAGCGAAGCGAAAAAAAAGAGGAAGCUAUCCGGCUAACGUUAACAGAGAAGCAAUCAGAAUGCCGUUCGGCCGGAAGUCCCCACUGGAGGCGCUGGCCAUGCCGGGCGCCAUCAUCGCGUACAAGUACAGCCAGUUCCGGCAGCGGCGACGGGAGGCCGCCAACCGGCGCGUCACGGAACGGGAACUGUCGGCGUUGCACACGAAAAUCGAGAAGCUGUUGUGCAAGCUGGAGGAGAGCGAACUGGAACCGCCGACCUCGCAGGAGGACGAGUGCGUCAUCUGCAUCAAUGCGCGGGCCACGAUGCAGACAUCGCCCUGCGGCCACCGCGUCGUCUGUCGCCGGUGCUUCGUCAAGACGAUCCAGAGUGCGGUCGCCCAGCGGUUGCUACCGUUGCGGUGUGUUAUCUGCCGGGCGCGCAUCAAUCGUCUCACGUCCGGUUCGACCUCCUGGCGGUUGCAGGGUUCGGCCAGCAGCUACUCGAUGGGCAGCAAAAGCUGGAGCGUACCGGGUUCGGCCAGCUCGUACAGUGUCGACGCCCGGGUAACGCAAUCGGCCAGCCUCUACUCCAUGAGUUCCGGUUCGUCGUGCGUGUCGGGCAUCUCGAACAUGUCCAGCUGUUCCGGCACGUCCGCCACGUCCGGUAUGUCUUCCACCGGUUCCUCCUCGGUCAGCACCUCGGAUACUGGUUCGUUGUUGAUGCAGCAGCAGCAGCAGCAGCAGCACAAUGGGAUGCAUCAUCACCAUCAUCACCAUAAGCACGGUACGGGAGGGGGGACCGGAUGUGGUGCCAGCUGCAGUACCAGCGGGUGCCUUGGUGCGAUCCCGCGCAAUCCUGCCUACCAGCACUACCACAAAAAGGGACAAUACUACAUGAAGAGCCGCAUUCCCGAGAUGCCAAAUCGGUUACCGCCGAUCAUCGAGUUCAAAAGUCCCACACGCCACAGGACACCUUCGCCGGCCAAUCCGGGCGCGAGGUUCAAAUACUACACGCAACCGGGCAAACCGGCCGGCCAGCCAGUCGAAUCGAUACCACUGAUGACGGUGGAAAAGAUUGGCCCCGGUAAGCCGGCGCACCUCGGACCGACCAAGCUCGGACUCAACUCGGCCAAGAUUGUACCGGUGGCCUCCAAGUCGCCGAUCAACAAGACGAACAUGGCGACUGGUAAACCGGUGACGACCUCGCUCAUGACGGCCGCCGUCAACGCCACGGCCACACCGAAGGCACGGGUGCUGUCCGCUUCCGCCUCGACCAGCGGCAUCGGAUCAGGCGCUUCCGUGGCCGGACCAUCGGGUCUCUGUGGUCGUACCAUUGGGAGCGGUAGUGGUAGUGGUGGAGGUGGUGGUGGUAAAGGUUCUGGUGGUAAUAGGGCGGCUUCACCGGCCGGUACUAGCGCCGGUACCGCCUCGCAGCAUCUCGCAGCAACCCAAGCCGGGAAGCAGGACGAAAAGUACGACAAUAAGAAGAACGAAACGAUCGAGAAGAAGAAGAAGGAAGAGAAAGCGAAGCUGAAGGCGGAAAAGGAGGCCCGGAAGGAAGAGAAACGGAUCGCCAAAGAGGAGGAAAAGCUGGCGAAAAUGCUAGCCAAAGAGGAGAAAAAACGGGGCAAGAAGGAGGCAAAGGAGGCCCUGCUGGCGCACGAAGGGGGCAGCAGCAGUGCCAUCAAGUAACUGUGGCGUCACUAGCGGCCACAACAACCGAGUACGCUGAUCGCGAACAGCGCAGCCUAGCUUCCGGUUCCGCGUGCUCCACGACUACAAUCCCAAGGCAACACAAUCCAGUUGAUCCAAUGCUCCUGUUUGCCGGCAGUCGAACAAAGUGGAACCGUGUUUAAGGGACAAGACACACACAUGAAGGGCGUUUUGUUAGCAGCAGUUAAUUUCUUCCAAAGAAAGGCAAAGGAACUAUUUCAGCGAUGGAUCAUAUUGAUUCAUGCUGCAUGGUGUUAUGUUUAACCUUCGUUUUCCAGUUUAACGGGCCCUCGACGGCCUGAACAACAACGAUCGCGGCGGGUGGUAGAGGGUGCUGGGUGCACCCUAACAAACAUAUCGCAUUCAUCCCUCACGCGCCCAAGUUGGCCUUGCCCCCGUCUUGCAAGCAAGCAAGUAGCGUUCGGUCUAGUCAGCCAUGCCUCCAGUUGCCAGCUUGGCGUAACGAGCAGCAGCAGCAGCAACAAAAAGGAACAACAACAUCAGUAGUAGCAGAGCACACUAGUGGCCACA